AUGAGUCUUGAAGAAUUUGAUGCCUUCACAUCCUUGAAAGCCUUGAGAGACUUGAAGAAGUAGAUAGAAGCAAAGGCUCAAGUAGAUCAAAAAUCUAGAGUUGCAUUACAAUACAUACAGAAAGCAUAACCAUUGAGUUAAUAUGAUUUAAGAAUGCAAUUUCAACAUUGGCUGGCAAAGUUAGGGGAUCUGAGCACUAAGCAAAUUGCUUAUACUAAUAUAUUUUAAUUGGUCUAAUAAAAUCAAUCUUAACCGAAUCUAUAAUUAUUGAUUACUUGUCUGCAAACUCCAAUCAAUGGUAAAGGAAGUGAGAGCAUUGUCAAAACUAUCAACAUUAUUAUAGGUAUUUAUGGAGAUACGAUUACUGUUACAGAUAUUUACAAAUUUAUCGAAAUAAUACUCAAAUACUUUAAUGUACAUAAAAUGAUCAUUCCUAGGAUUCUAACAAUAAUGUCCAAAUGGCAAUCAGUGAAUGUUGGUCAAAUAUUUACAUUAAGAACAUCUCCAAAAAGCCUGUUCAAUAAAGGGUCUUAUUGAUGUAUUCCACUCUCAGUUAAUUGAUUGGAUCUGGUGGUAGUAGACAAACAUAGGAAACUGCUACCAUAGUUUUGGCAUAAUUAUUUGAAACAUUAACCACUGCUUAGGAUUUGGCAUUCAUAAAGGAUGUUGUCAAAGAUUAUCUAGGGAUUUAUAUAGUAUUUAUUAAUUUAACUAGAAAUAAUAAAUAGAUCACUCUGGAUUUUAUACCAUUAUGUUCUUUAUUAUAAAGACAUUAUAAAUUUAAAGUUUUACAAGUCAGUAAAUUCAAGUCAUUGAUAAAACACUUCAAGGAAUUAAUAAUCUAAAACUCAAUUACAGAGUAAUCAAUUUAAUUUGAUAAUAUUGUAGACAAGAGUAGGAGCCUUAAAUCUAAUGAAAUUAAUUGCUUCUUAGUAUUAAAACUCCAAUUUCAAAAUUGCCUUAGGAAAUUUACUUGAAUAAGUUAUCAUCGUCUUAGAAGAUUCUACUAGGGAUAGAGUAAUUGCAGUUUAAAAUGCAGCUCGAGCUGCUUUAAAGGAAUGGAUGAGACUCAAACUACAAAUUGAUUGCGAACUAAUACCUAAUCCUGUUUCACUUGAUCAAUCUCCUGGUUUCUUGAAAAAAUAAAGUGGUACUGGAGGAGGACAAGUAUAUGUAAAUCAAAAAAUACAAACCUAAUAACAAUUUAAAUAAGAUAUCAAAUAAGCCUUGAUUGAGGAUCAAUUUGAAAACACUGUUGAUUAUUCUAAUAUUGUUCAUGAGCCUAAUCUUAAUGUAUGGCAAAAGGCUAUGAGACUUCAAUAGGAUGGGCUAUUGGAAGAUGCUGUUGAAUUGCUACUUCAUGAAGGUGAUGAUCUAUAUUUAAUCAGAUUUUUGAUGAGCUACAAAAAUUACUCUUAAUUGUUUGAUCUUCUCCCAAAUUCCUUGGCAUUGAGACUGAUUGACACUUUGGUAUUAAUCUUAGAAUCUGAUUUUCUCAAUAUCUUGUGUUUAGAUUUCAUUCAGUAAUUUAUUGACUGCGGACUGGGCGACUGGUUUAAAGAUACUGACUUUACAGAUUACUUAGAAUAUAAUACAGAGCAAAACUUGCCCUCUACUCCCUUGUGUAAGAAAGUUCGAGACUAAUUGAAAUGA